AUGCAUGAGUACACACAAAGAAGACAUAUAACAUUUUCCUGCUCAUUUUCUUUCAUAUAUUUUGGUCUUCUUUCUUUUCUCUUCUCUCUCCAUUUUCUACUCUCUCUCUAUCUUUUUUUUUUUUACAACUCUUUCUCUCUCUCUUACCUCUCUCUCUCUCUCUCUCUCGAUUCCUCUCUCUCUCUCUCUCUCGACUCCUCUCUCUCUCUCUCUCUCGACUCCCCUCUCUCUCUCUCUAGGACUCCUCUCUCUCUCUCGACUGACCUCUCUCUCUCUCUCUCUCUCUCUCUCUCUCUCUCUCUCUCCUCUCUCUCUCUCUCUCCUCUCUCUCUCUCUCUCUCUCUCUCUCUCUCUCUAUAUAUUUCUCUCAAGUCUCUCUCUCUCUCUCUUUGUCCUCUCCUUCUCUCUCUCUUUAAAAUAUCUCUCUCUCUCUCUUUGAAGGUCUUCUUCUCUCUCUUUGGGGUCUCUUCUUCUCGUUGCUCUCUUCCUCCUCCUCCUCUUCUUCUAUUUUGCUUCUUUCUUCUCUCCUCUUUUUCUUCUUCUCGUUCCUCCUCCUCCUCCUUCUUCUUCUUCUCUCUACCUCCUCCUCCUCUUCUUCUUCGAAACAACCUCCUCCUCCUCUUCUUCUUCUUCCUCCUCCCUCCUCUUCUUCUAAAAAAUUUUCUUUCCUCCUCUUCUCAAACUCCUCCUCCUCCUCUUCUUCUCUUUGCUCUACCUCCUCCUCCUCCCUCUUCUUCUCUCUCUACCUCCUCCUCCUCUUCUCGGCAUUAA